AUGGCGGAGGUUCGGGUCAUGAUCAGCAUGCGGCACCCCAACCUCUGCCCGAUCAUGGGAGCCUGCCUCGACCGGGGCAGGGAGCUGAUCAUCAUGCAGUACUUCGAGUAUGGCUCCGUGAGGGACAUGGCGGACAAUCAGUUCGACUUUCCCUUCGAUGUGAGGAUGGAGAUCGCUACCGGCAUCGCGUGCGGCAUGCAGUAUGUCCACCUCGCAAAGCCCCCGGUGCUUCACAGGAAUCUAAAGGCUGCCAACGUCCUUCUGGACCUCAAGCUCACGCCCAAGGUCUCUGACUUUGGACUGAAGGCUCUUGCU